GGCUUCCAUUGCUGACGUGGCCGAGGAGCUGUGCUCUGGAGACGGGAAGCGGCAGCUUCGAGGACCACGACCCGGUGGGGGGACGCCUGAGAAUUGGCUAUUGCACCCCGAUGACGUUGCCGCGGCAGUGCUCCACGGCCCCGGACCAGUACCACGCUGCUGUAACCAGCCCAGUGCCACGGAGGCGAUCGCCUGGCCACGUAACCGGCACAACGCCCGACAGGCCUAGGCCCCGUCCUGUGCCACGCGGGUCUCGGAAGGGCACCACAACCUCGCCGCUGGCAAAGAUCAACGCCCACGCCGCGUCGGAACCGCGCAGGCCAACGUCAUACGCCACGCUGGGCCGAAGUCCGACACGACUGGUUACGGUGUUUCCAGAGGGUAGCGGCCAGAAGCGGGUAUUUGAGCAAGGAGUAAAGGAUAGUGUGGAUGCCUUUGUGCCAUCGUCCACUGGCAAGACACACCAUGCAAGAUAUGAUCACUCCAAGAGUGGUGUCGGGCACUCUCGAAAGAUUAUUGAGGCAGUUCGGCCACCGGGCACUACCAUGUGGCAGUUGCCCAGGAACAAUUGCACCUCAACUGCUGUCAUUGAGAAUUUAACUCGGGUGUUUCCCGAGGGCAGCAGCCAUAAGCGAGUAUUUGAAAGGGAGUGCAAGAUGGUGUGGAUGUGAGCAUCCCAGCGCCUUCUGGCAAGACGCAUACAAUGGAAGAUCCGACCCCUUACUCAAUAGUGGUGUUUCGCAUUCUCGAACAUUUAUUGAGGCAGUUCGGCCCUCGGGUCUUUCCCGAGGGCAGCAGCCAAAAGUGGCUAUUUAAAAGGGAGUGCAAGAUGCUGUGCAUCUUAGCGUACAUGCGCCUUCUGGAGAGACGCACACCAUGGAAGAUCAGAUAUCUGGCCCAGGAGUGGCGUCACGCACUCUCGAAAAAUUAUUGAGGAAGUUCGGCCCUCGGGUGUUUCUCGAGGGUAGCAACCAGAAGCGGGUAUUUGAAAGGGAGUACAAGAUGGUGUGGAUGUGAGCAUCCCAGCGCCUUCUGGCAAGACGUACACAAUGGAAGAUCCGACCCCUUACUCAAUAGUGGUGUUUCGCAUUCUCAAAAAUUUAUUGAGGCAGUUCGGCCCUCGGGUGUUUCCCGAGGGCAGCAGCCAGGAGCUGGUAUUUGAAAAGGAGUACAAGAUGUUGUGGAUGUGAGCAUCCCAGCGCCUGCUGGGAAGACGCACACGAUGGAAGAUCAGAUAUAGCUGACCCAAGAGUGGUGUCAUGCACUCUCGAAAAAUUAUUGAAGAAGUUCGGCCCUCGGGUGUUUCCCGAGGGCAGCAGCCAGAAGCUGGUAUUUGAAAAGGAGUACAAGAUGUUGUGCAUGUGAGCAUCCCAGCGCCUGCUGGGAAGACGCACACGAUGGAAGAUCAGAUAUAGCUGACCCAAGAGUGGUGUCAUGCACUCUCGAAAAAUUAUUGAAGAAGUUCGGCCCUCGGGUCUUUCCCGAGGGCAGCAGCCAGAAGCGGCUAUUUAAAAGUGAGUGCAAGAUGCUGUGCAUCUUAGCAUACAUGCGCCUUCUGGAAAGACGCACACCAUGGAAGAUCAGAUAUCUGGCCCAGGAGUGGUGUCACGGACUCUCGAAUAAUUUUUGAGGAAGUUCGGCCCUCGGGUGUUUCCCGAGGGUAGCAGCCAGAAGCGGGUAUUUGAAAGGGAGUACAAGAUGGUGUGGAUGUGAGCAUCCCAGCGCCUGCUGGGAAAACGCACACGAUGGAAGAUCAGAUAUAGCUGACCCAAAAGUGGUGUCACGCAAUCUCGAAAAAUUAUUGAAGCAGUUCGGCCCUCGGGUGUUUCCCGAGGGUAGCAGCCAGAAGCGGGUAUUUGAAAGGGAGUACAAGAUGGUGUGGAUGUGAGCAUCCCAGCGCCUGCUGGGAAGACGCACACGAUGGAAGAUCAGAUAUAGCUGACCCAAAAGUGGUGUCACGCAAUCUCGAAAAAUUAUUGAAGCAGUUCGGCCCUCGGGCUUCUGGGAAAGUGCAUUCUGGGACUCCUCGAAGCAGCGCAGCGCCUGAUUGCCGAACUUCAAGAAAGAGAUCAUCUAAGUCACCGACUUAUCUAAGUCAAAUUCUGGCGUUUCUUACGCUGUAGUCGGUAGACCCUUCUCAGUAACUGAAAUUCUGCACAUGGAAACGAGCAUCCUCACAUCUGAUGGCUACGUGAUAUUGUCACCUGGAAAACACAUCAAGCAAUUAAAGCUGCAAAAGACAAUUACAUUCAGACUCAUUAAACGUUGCCAAAGCUUUAUUUCAUGUACAAAAGAGAUUUCCUGUACUUACUGGACGUUAUUCAAUCCUGUGCACUAUGUACACAUCUCGUCAGCAUAUCAUAUCAUGAGUGCCAGUGAUGAGUACCAUGAUAAUACGCUUGCGACC